AUGGGAGAAGCUUCAACACACAUAGACCUAGCAACAUUUCUGGAAAUCCCAAUUGAGAAAGACCCACAAAGAAUGAUCACUGCUACACAUGAUCGUCCUCCCCACACAUUAAGCCCUAUAUGGAGGCUGAGCCCAAGGCACAACGGUAGCACCUUAUAUGACUCGUAUGAGCUUCGAGCUGUGACUCACCAACUUAACAAAGCCAUUCAAGCUUCCAAAGCAUCGUCCCCUCAUUACAUAUACUGCUUCAAUUCACCCUUUCGUACACAAGGCUUGAGUCGCAUUUCCAAACAAAGUGUCAAGACACCCAAGAGAUUUCUGUGCCAGCAGGAGCUGUUUUGUGCGGCUGCCACCGCAGACAAAAAGCCGAGUACAAGGCCUCCUGGGGCAGCUUCGAUGGGGUUUGUGACAAGGGCAUGGAGGAAAGUGAAGCAAGGAUUUCUCAAGAACAAGCCAAGGAAUGACUGA